CGAACUAUCAUUCCAUCGGCUCCAUCGGUGGCCCGCUAAAUUCUUCUCAACAGCCCGCUUGCUCACGACCGGGAAACGCCCUGCCCAGUUGGCCGCAUGUUGGAGGCUCACAUAUAGGCCGGAUACUUUUUCUUUGUAUGAUAUGGGACGUUGAACCAACAUCACGCAGUUACAGCGGCACCGAGCCGAUAUCUUACUCCCGUGAUCCGGCCGUAUUUACUUGUGAAGCUCGAUAACGACAAAGUCACAAUGGCAGCUAUGUCGCCUCAACGUCCACAGGAUAAUCGGCGGGCCCGACUCCUAGAACUCGCUGCCGCCGUUGGUGUUACAGAGUUACCAUCUCUCCCGCCACUGCCUCCGAUCAGACUACCUACCCCGAGCCCACAAGACGAUUUGCAAGCGGAAGAGCUCCUCCGACAACGACGAGCAGCUGAGAAUCCCGAAAGCUCCCAAAGUUCUCUGAAACGAGCGUUUUCGUCCACCAAAAAGCCAUGGGAGGCCAAGGAGAUAUUCGACGUCCUCGACAAUCAUGUCGCCUCGGGCGGUUCGCCCGCUGUCGCAAAUGUUCUCAUAAGAAAACUGCUCGAGCUUGGGGGAAACCCGAACAUCAAAGCUUCGAAAGGCAGCAGAUCAGGCUCCAUCCUGUCUAGAAGAAAGAGUAUGGAGUCUCUAGAACGGAGCCAGAUACUGCAGAGGGCGAUCCAGAACCGUCAAACGGACAUGAUUGCCGUCUUGUCCCAUUAUGCGGACGACCUCACGCUCAAUGUGGCAUUGCCCGACGCAAUUCGCUCCAAAGACCUCACAAUACUGAGUUUGCUCUUGCAACGCGGCGCAAAUAUUGCUCAGUCUCAGAAUGGCCAGAUCGAGUUUCGCCAACUGUGUAUUGCUGGUGGUUAUCCGGACCUUGUAGGUCUAAUUCUUCAGUCAUCGGGCGGAUUUUCGUUGCAACUGCUCUCCUUGUGUCUCAUAGACGCCUCGCGAAAGGGAUGUUUGCAGACAGUCUGGAGAUUGAGCAGGUCAGUCGCAGAUGCCGACUUUGACACGGCCGAAGCUCUCAGGACAGCGAUUGGGCAGAGCAGAGUUGACAUUGCGCUCGCUAUCUUGACAGGAAGACAACCACCUACAGCUGGAGGGGCCGGUCUGAUGGAGAGCUUCAGACAGCUUCUCAACCAGUCCAUUGGUCCAAAUGAGAAGCUGUUCUUGACAGAGGCGCUCCUGUGCGCCGGCGCCCCUGGUGAUAUGGUGGCCGUCGCCUUGCAGCAAGCGUGCCAGGCCGAAAAUAUCGACAUGAUUCAUCUUUUGGUCGAAAACGGAGCGUCAGUCGAGUACCAAGAAGCCAAGGUACUAUGUGAUACCAUUUCGAGAGGAAAUUGCAACCUUCUUCAGCUGCUGUUAAACGAUCGAACGCGACUAAGUCCCAACCUUGCGUCUCGAUGUGUUGGUGUGAUUCCGACGACAAUCAGCCCGGAAAACCGAUAUGCCUUCCUCAACAUCCUGCUGCGAAAAGGCGCCGGUGGCGCUGCGUUGGGUGACGCUCUCAUUGCUGCUGUGAGGGCUGGAGAUGGUCAGUCGGUAAAUCUACUGCUUACGCCGUAUUUCCCGGAAGACACGGUUCCAGAGGGGAAGCCCCGAAAAGGCUCGCUUCAGAUGAAACACGCCCGACAUGAGGUGGCCUCGGUGGAUCAUUUGAAUGGCAUGGCUUUGAACAACGGAGUCAUGAUGGUGAACAUAGACAUGGUAAAGAAACUCCUGACAGGAAAGCCGUCCCCGUCGACGCUGGAGCAAGUAUUUCCACAGGUCAAGAAGUUGGCUCCCAACGAACGUUACCUCAUUACCGAGGCUUUUCUUGCUGCUGGGCUUUCUGGGCCCUGUUUGUCUAAUGCUUUGACAGAGGCCAUUGAAGAACAACACCCCAGACGAGACGAUAGGUUCAUUUCCCUUCUUUUGCGCUACACUGAAGGCACCCACUCCGACAAUAACUCUGGAAUUUUGUCUUCUAUUGCUGUUGGGGAUGUACCACUCUUACGCAAAAUGCUCAAGAGGCCACUCACACCUCAAACGUCUGCUGCGGCUAUGGUUAAAGCCAUGGCGAUCAAUAAUCAAGAAGUUCGGUACACGAUCGUGGAGCUAUUGCUUCAGGCAGGCGCUGGUAGAGAAGGGGACGAAGUAUCCGCGGCGCUGUCACAGUUACUAUCUGCCCAACCCCUGGAUGUUCAACUCUUUUCUCUGCUCCUGAAGCAUGGUAAUGUGGAUGCCAACUUCAAAGACGGCGAGCCUGUUACUCUCGCUGUCCGCGAUCCUGAUCCCGCCAUUCUUGAGCUUGUUGUCCAGUACGGAAAGCCGACACCCGAAACAGUGAAUCACGGCCUCGAAACGCUGUCGAAGAUGCCAACCACAGCUGCUAAGGCCGCCAAGAUGUCUCUUCUUCUACGCCAUACCAAACAAAAGGAUCACCUGGAUGUUCUUCUAUACAACGAGGUCCAAACCAUUCUCCAAACGCCGCUUGAUACCCGCAACUAUGAUGUCGUCGGAACUCUUCUCUCAGCUGGAGCAGACAUCAAUUCCCACAACGCCGCCGCAUUCUGCUGCGCCGUCAAGGCCUCUAGCACGCCAUUGACGGACCUGAUGCUGAGUGUCAAGCCAGCACCAGACUCCCUCGCUGCGGCACUUCGGCAUUCGCUUAACAUACCAAUCCCCAGUGACCGUCAAAACUUCACCCGAAAACUGGUCGAAGCCGGGGCUCCGAGUUCGGAAGUAAACAGGGCGCUGAACUACGCUUUACACGCGCACUCUUCUGACUACCCACUCAUCGAACUAUUGUCAGCCUACGCCGACUCGACGGAUGGCAAAGCGCUCGGUUUCGCGGUAGAGAAGCAGGAUGGUCAAGCAGUGGAAUUGAUUCUGGCAAAGUCUUCACGAAAAUAUCCUGCGGCGGUACUCAACACCACCUUUACACAAGCCGUCAAACUCAAGGACCCGGAAAUCUGUGCAUCGCUGCUCAAGAGGGGGGUAUCCGGUUCUGAAAUCUCCGACGCGCUUAUUGCCGCGGCGUCCAAUGGAAAUCUGACGCUUGUGAAUAUUUUGAUGAGCCAUGGAGCCAGCCUCGAGCAUCAAGAAGGUCAAGCAGUAGUCGAAGCCUGCAAGAGCGCUGCCAUCCCAGUCUUGGGCGCCCUUUUGCACCCCACUGCUCAGGUCAAGAAACAGACUUUGGUCAAGGGGUUCGAGGCAGCGAGUGUCAGCGUCACGGACCUCGAGGACCGCACGGCGGUCUUUCGCCUCCUUCUGGAAAGAGGAGUCGACGGCGAGGUCGUGGACAGACAGCUGGUUGCCGCGGGGACAUAUGGCGAUGACGGUGAGGCUCUAGUGCGCUUGCUGCUUGCAUAUGGUGCGGAUCCGGACUACAAUUCGGGUGAGGCAAUCUGGAAUGCGACAAGAGGGGCGGCGCUGAAGAGUCUGAAGUUGAUGUUGGGUGUGGAAAAAGCAAAUGAUCGUCAGAAGAAGCCGUCGCAAGAUACAUUGCUCAAGGCAUUGAAGGCUAGCAGGAAAUUGAGCCAGGACGCGAGGUAUCAAGUCACUGAAUGGCUGUUUUGCGCAGGGCUGGAACCGUCGGAGGAUGUGCAUACUGCGUUGCACAGGGCUGUGAAGGAGGAGCCUGAUGUUCGCUUGAUUCGGCUUUUGCUUACACAUGGCGCUUCGCCGUUGAUGAAUGGGUGCGAGACACUGAUUGAUGCGACUCAGUCAUUCCGCGUUGAUGUACUGGAGGCUUUGUUGACGUUUGAUGUUCCUGGAAAGGAUGUCUCGUGGACUUUCCAACAUGCUUUCACUCCAGAGACAGCUGAGGCUUGGAUGACGGAACAAGGCUUCCAAAUUGCAGAGAUGCUGUUGGAGAAGGGCGCUGAGGGCGGUGAGCCCUUGUUCCCGGCUUUGAACGUUGCUGUCGACGCAUACGGGACUGAAAAUGAAGCACUGGCUCGACGAUUUGCAACACUCCUGCUACAACACGGGGCCAGCGUCACUUGUCAGGAUGGGCUUGUACUGCAAAAGGCAGCCAAGAAGGCGGAUUCGGAACUGAUACAGCUGAUUCUGGAGCAGAGUCCAGACUCUCACUCGGUGUCCAUGGCGUUUCCUCACAUCUUUGACGCAGACCUUUCAGAGCAAGAGAUUCUGUCACUGAUUGAGCUGUUCAUCUGCUACAACUUUGACGGAGAAAGGCUGGACGUAAUGACUCCGACCUCCCCGCCGAUUCUACUACGUGCUCUCAACAAGUAUCCCCGGUCAGAGAAACUGCUGGAAACGCUUCUGGAUGCAGGCUACUACCAUGACCAGCUCACCACCAUGAAAGUCAUGGAUGGCGGCGAAGAGGAACAGGUGAAUCUGCUUUUCUGGGCAUUGAGUCAGCCUCAAAAGCGUAUCAGCAGCAGUAUCAUCCAGGUUCUCAUCGACAGAGGGGCAAAGGUCAACUUUGAGACACGAGUGUCCAAACAGACUCCACUCAUGCUGGCCAUACAACACAGACGACCAGAUCUGGUCAAAGCACUUCUUCUGGCCGGUGCGGAUGUGGAUGUUGCCGAUGUUGAAAACAACACUCCGAUGGCACUAGCUACUGCAAUCGGGGGUGAACUAGGCACAGCCAUGAUGGCGAGUCUCCUGGCUGCCGGGCCAUCUAUGAACGACGGUUCCUUGCAUAACGCCGCCAGGAAACUCAACCUAGAAGCAGUCAAGGUCUUGAUCGAGUUUGGCCACGAUCCAGACUUUCCCAGCGUCAUCCACGGCGGUCGUUCCGCCCUAGGAGAACUCUGCCUCAACGCCGCCGAAGCCGGGCCCCUCUCAUCUUCUCAAGAAAAGAAAAUGGAAAAAGUCGUAGCCGAACUAAUCAAACAAGGCAGCGACCUCUCCAUCCAAGCCGACGGAAAAUCCGUACUCCUCCUCGCCCUUCACUCCACCGACCCCCUCCCUAUAACCCGCGCCCUCCUCAAAGCCGGCGUCUGGAAAACCAUCAACGCCUCCGACCACCAAUGGACCGACGGCGUGCACACCUACUCCCCCACGCAAUACCUCCUCCGCAUCCUCCCGCCUAACAGCACCGACCGUUCCGCCCUCCUCGAACUCCUCAAAUCCUACCGCUGCCGGGACGUCUACUACGCCAACGACGGGCCGCAGCCCGACGGCGCCGUGAACCUGCCCCCCGAGCUCCUCCGCGCCGAACGCGAACGCCGCGCCCGCGCCGAGCGCAUCGCCAAGGAGACAGAGGAACACCACAUCGCCAUUGCGCGGACCAAGGAGAUCGCGACCAUGCAGAACAAAAUCUUCCUCGCGCGCGCCGAGCUCGAAGAUAGUCGCAUCCGCCGGCAGCGGGACGAGGAGAUCGAAGCCGUGCGCAGCCGGCAGGCCGUUGAGGAGGAAGGCUUUGCCGCGGAAUUGCACCGUCGGAAAGCUGAACGCGAAGCAAGCAUGAAACAUGAGCGUCAGCUGCUCGAGGCGGGAUUGACGAGGGCGAGGCUGGUGUCAGAGGCGGAGCUGGAGAUGGAGGAGAGGAAACAGGGGCAGACGGCGCAGUGGGAGCAGCAGAGGCUGCAGAGUGCUAAGCAGUUGAGUGAGGUUAGGGUGCAGGAACGUAGGGAGAUGGAGAGGAUUGAGGCGGUGAGUGAUGCGCGGAUGGUGAAGAGGUUGGGGGAGCAUAAGAAGCUGGUGGAGACGCAGGAGAGGUUGGCGAGGAGUUUGAAUGGGGCGGUGCCGCCUGGUGGGGGGAGGAGGCAGGUGGGGUAUAUUACUGGGGAGUUGGAUUGAUGGGGGAGGGUGAGGGUGAUGUUGAGUGUGUGAGAGUUGUGAGGGUUUAAUGUUCAAGGGGUAAUGGCGCUCAGCUGCAGAUUGAUUAUGGGUUCAAGUGGUUCU